GGGUGAUAAACCUAGGGAAACACAAAAUGGACAAACAAAACCCAUUGUCCUUUAGAUGGAUAUAUCUCUAUCUGAUUACCCGGUCUCGUGCUUUUAAAACCUUCCAUUAGCCCAUCUUUACCUCUGCGUUGAUCAUUAAAGCCAAAACCCAUUUUGUCAAAAGAAUGGGGGUUACAAUACAUGCGAAGUCGGACUCGGAGGUUACGAGCAUCGACGCAUCUUCACCAAGGAGGACACUAUAUUAUGUUCAGAGUCCAUCGCACUCUCAGCAUGAUCUUGAAAAGAUGUCAUACGGAUCGAGCCCAUUCGGUUCACCAACCCAUCACCACCACUGCUCUCCUAUUCAUCACUCCCGCGAGUUCUCCACUUCUAGGUUCUCUGCUUCCUUGAAGAACAAUCAGCUGGCCGUCUGGAAGAGAAUACCCAGGAUGAGAAAUGACGAUGAUAAUGAUAAUGACCCGAGGGCUGAUGAUGAUGAAAAUGUCGACUAUGACGAUGGCAAGUCUGUCAGGUUCUAUGUGCUCUGCUUUCUCUUCUCUUUCCUUGUGUUGUCCACCAUCUUCUCCCUCAUCCUUUGGGCUGCUAGUCUGCCUUACAAAUCCAAAAUCUUUGUUAAGAGCAUGGUUUUCGAAAAUUUAAACGUGCAAGCAGGGAUAGAUGGGACCGGGUUACAAACGGACAUGUUGACUCUAAAUUCAACGGUCAGGAUCUAUUACCGGAACCCGGCAAGUUUUUUCGGGGUGCAUGUCACAGCUACACCACUUGAGCUUCAUUAUUACAUGCUCAAGCUCGCCUCUGGUCAAAUGAAGAAGCUCUAUGAGCCAAGAAAGAGUAAGCGAAUUGUGGUGGCUGUUCUUCAAGGGCACCAAAUUCCACUGUAUGGUGCGAUAUCAGUUCUUAGUGAUGCUAAAGAUCGGAUUCAGAGUGUCUCUUUACCACUGAACUUAACAUUCCUAAUGAGAUCAAGGGCCUAUAUAUUGGGAAGUCUGGUAAAGCCCGAGUUCUCUAUUCAUAUCUCUUGCCAAGUAACUCUCAAAGGCAAUCACCUAGGCAAACACAUCAAUUUGACCAAGUCUAGUUCUUGUACUUAUCGAUGAAUUACUUCUUUUUCUAUCUUUGUCGAGCAAUUUAAAUUUCUUUUUUGGUUAGCUUUAUUACCUGACUUGUUUGUCCAAUUGUUGCUUAGCUUUCUAGCUUGCUUUUGUUAUUGUAUCACAAUAACACAGCAUGAUAAGAGAUGCAUAUUGAAUAACUUUAAGAAAAUAUUCUCGAAAAAAUAUAUUUUCCUGUAACAUAAA